AUGGAGAGCAGCGACGGCGCAAUCGAAGCGGAGAUUCAGCUCGACGGACAGGCUCUCGAGCAAGAACAAUCGAGGCGCAAAGAGAGCGCAGGCAAGAAGAAUGCGGAAAUCGCACAACCGGGCGUGUCAAAAUCCAUAUACCGCGAUGAUCGAGAGGAUGCGGUCGAUGAAGAGUCCCCGCUGCUGGCACGAGAACAGCACGACGAGCCGGACUCGCCGCCGCCGCCGUGGCUGGAAGAGGACGAGUUUGCGCAUCUACCAUGGCACAAACGCCCGUCCAUCUUCUGGAUUAUAGCGCCGUUCUUCUUGGUCGCUUGUGCUUUUGGAGGCAUCAUCACGCCCAAGAUCAACCUCAUCCUGGAGCUGGUGUGCCAAAAGUACUUCCAGGAGCGCAUGUUGCUCGACCCGGGCUUCACCAUGGUGCCCGUGGACUUCAGGGGCGGGGAGAACGACCAGUGUCGUAUACCGGAAGUGCAGUCUGGCGUGUCCAUGAUGAUGCUGUGGAUUGGAGUAUUGUCGGGCGUCGCCGCCGCGGCCUCGAGUCCCAAGCUGGGCGCUCUGUCCGAUCGGUACGGCCGAAAGAUUGUCUUGAUCAUGACGAGUUUUGGGAUGAUUGGAAGCGAGGCCAUCUACAUUUGCGCCGCCACCUGGCCCGAGACGUUUCCGGUGUAUUUGCUGCUUCUUGCGGCCGUCAUUGAUGGCCUGACGGGCUCCUUCAUCCUCGCCGGUGCCAUUGUCAACGCGUACGCUGCCGACUGCACUCCGCCCGCAAGGAGGAAUAUUGUCUUUGCAUGGUUCCACGCCUGCCUCUUCACCGGCAUCGCCAUCGGGCCCAUCCUCGCGGGAUACAUUGUCAAAGCCACGGGCCAGAUUGUGGUGGUGUUUUGGAUUCUCACGGGCGUCCAUUUCGUAUUCAUCGCUUUCAUUGCCCUGGCCGUGCCCGAAUCCCUCUCCAAGAAACGACAAAUGAUCGCAAGGGAGAAACACGAGAGUGCCGUCUCAUCCUACUCACACGAUGGCCCACCUUCCGACUGGAUCGACACGCUGCGCGCCAUGAACCCCUUCGAACCGCUCAAAGUCCUCUGGCCCACAGGCCCCGGCAGCUCCACCGCUCUCCGGCGCAACCUCUUCUUCCUCGCCGCCGUCGACACCAUCUGCUUCGGCGUGGCGAUGGGCAGCAUGGUGGUCGUCAUCGCCUACUCGAACUACAUGUUCGGCUGGACGACGUUCGAGUCCGGCCGCUUCCUGACCAUCGUCAACAGCUCGCGCGUCUUCUGCCUGCUCGUCAUCCUCCCGACUAUCACACGCCUCGUGCGCGGCCGCCCGGCAAAGACGGGCCUGCGCAAGUCCACCGGCUGUGACAGCUUCGACCUUAGUGUUGUGCGCGCGGCUGUGUUCAUGGAUACGCUGGGCUACGUGGGUUUCUCGCUCGCGCGGAGCGGUGGAGUUCUCACGCUUGCUGGCGCCGUUGCGGCGGUCGGAGGCAUUGCGUCGCCUACGUUGCAGUCGUCGCUGACGAAGCAUAUUCCUGCUGAUCGAACGGGCCAGCUGCUGGGGGCUACUAGUCUGCUGCAUGCGGUUGCGCGCGUGAUUGCUCCCGCAGUGUUCAACGGCAUCUACGCCGGGACGGUGAAGAACUUUCCGCAGACGGUGUUUGUUUGUUUGGCGUCUACGUUUGGUCUGGCUUUUCUGAUUAGUUGGUUUGUGAAGCCGCAUGGUAAGUUGCUUGCUCAUGUGAAUGUGUGGAUGGCGUCUCGCUGA